UAAAACCUUGAAUAUACCGCUGAUAAACAAUAGUUUAUACUAUUGAUAAAGGCCCAAACCUUGGGUGUACUAAUGAUAAUUUCCCUAAAAAUUAUUAUAAAUAAAUAAAUAAAAUUAAAAAAUUAAAAAUGAUUCCAAAAAAACCUCAGUGCUGCACUGCACUGCUGCUUAUACUCCAACCGCGGUCGUGCUCUCCUCCAUUGCCAGUUGCCACCCUUUUCUCUGCUCCUUUCGAAUUCAUCAAAUUUCUCCCUUCUAAAUGUUCUGAUCCUUCGCGAUUACUGAGUUCAUUGAGAAGCAAUGUCGGUUGGUUCAUUAUUGAAUCUAUCACACAACUACAGCACUGCAUUGAAUGAGACCAACUUGAACAGGCAUUGGACUUGCAAUUUUGUGCUUGAAUGUAAGGCUAUAGGUUUUUCUCAAACCAAAGAUGCUCUAAGAGUCACAAAUUUGACCUUGUCAAAUCGAUAUACUGAUGUUUUCCUUGUGAAAAGCUAUAAUGACAAAUCUACAAAAACACUGUCUGAUUUAGAGGACAAUGGGGUUGUAGAGGAUUCUGGAAACGGUAAUGGGAAUUUUCCACCAGAAAAUGGAGGUGAUGGCAGCAGUGGUGGUGGUGGUGGUGGUGGCAAAGGCGAAGGAGACGAUGAGGAUGAAAAGGAAUUUGGUCCACUAUUGAAAUUUGAGGAUGUGAUGCGAGAAACUGAGAAACAUGGGGUGACUCUUCCCUCGGAUAUACUGGAAGCUGCUAAAACUACAGGGAUAAGAGAACUUAUACUGAUGCGGUACUUAGAGUUGCAGGGAUUAUUUUGGCCACUUGGCUUUUUGAUGAGACAUUGUUCAAUGCUCCGCAAUAGAAUGAUAGCAGAUCCUGCAUUCUUAUUCAAAGUUGGGACUGAGAUAGUUAUAGAUUCGUGUUGUGCAACAUUUGCUGAAGUUCAAAAAAGGGGGAAGGAUUUUUGGAAUGAGUUUGAGUUGUACGCUGCAGAUCUUCUAGUUGGUGUGGUUGUCGACAUAGCCUUGGUUGGUAUGUUAGCACCAUAUGUUCGUAUUGGGCAACAGACAGUAUCAAGAGGUUUACUGGGACGUUUUCAGCUUGCUUGUCGUAACCUACCUAGCAGCGUCUUUGAAGCUGAAAGACCAGGAUGCAGAUUUUCAGUAAAGCAAAGAACUGCAUCAUACUUCUACAAGGGUGUAUUAUAUGGGGCUGUUGGAUUUGGAUGUGGAAUUGUUGGACAGGGCAUUGCGAAUAUGAUCAUGACUGCUAAACGGAAGAUUAAGAAGUCUGAUGAUGAUGUACCUGUUCCCCCACUUGUAAAAAGUGCUGCACUCUGGGGUGUUUUUCUGGCAAUCUCCUCUAAUACACGUUACCAGAUUGUAAAUGGAUUGGAGCGUGUAGUUGAAACAUCACCAUUGGCGAAGAAAGUUCCUCCUGUUGCAAUGGCUUUUACAGUUGGUGUGCGAUUUGCCAACAAUAUCUACGGUGGUAUGCAGUUUGUGGAUUGGGCUAAAUUGAGCGGUGUGCAAUAGCUUGAUUCUCAGUCUUGUAGCCAAAGCUUCACUCGCACCCGCAUGUCCUUUCAGAGAACAACAAUGCUGCAGUAUUGAACCUCACAGAGACCAUGGCUGACUUGGUUACAUUUUCGGAUUUUCCCUAACUGUUCUUGCAUCGCUUAUACAGCCUUUGGUAGUGCCACGAAGCAAUUCAGUGAUGUUCGUUCUACUGUGUGCUGUAACAAGAAGCAGCAGCCAGCAGGGCAGGUUUUCUAGUUCUUUAUGUUAUCUUUCUGUUCCAUAUUCAAUUAAGUAAAAGGAUGAACACCUGACAAUUUGGAGUUAGAUUACUAUAGAAACUGAAGACAUUUUUUUCAAAAUUUCGACUUAGCAAAAGGUGUUGCCUGAUAUUAUGUGGAAACAAUGUAGAUUACUUGAUUCUGGUUAUAUGUAAUUGAUGGAUCAUUUGACAAUUACAGGAGAUCUAAAUGCGCAGCAAGUGUUGAUCAGAAACAGCAAA